AUGAAGAGAGACAGAGAAGAUGAGCAGACGACCCUAGAGUUGGUCAAUUGCUUGAUGCUACUAUCUAAAGUAGACCAAAUCCAGUACUCCUCAAUCGAAAAGCAAAAUACCUCGGACCGUACGCGUGUCUUUGUUUGCAAGACGUGUAAUCGGAAGUUCCCGUCAUUCCAAGCCCUAGGAGGCCAUAGAGCCAGCCACAAGAGGCCGGUCGGCCAAGACCAGUUAGAGCUCUCACUACUGCAGCCGAGCUCAUCGGCAAAGCGCAAGAAGCACGAGUGCACGAUCUGCGGGAUGGAGUUUUCUGUAGGGCAGGCGCUUGGGGGACACAUGAGGAAACACAGAGAUUUUAUGAGUUCUGCUGCCGAACAGAUUCGCGAGGCGGCUGUGCUGGUGUUGAAGAAAUCAAAUAGUAGUGAAAGGGUGUCGUGCUUAAAUCUAGAUUUGAACUUGGCACCACCCGGAUAUUAUGAUUCGACGAAGUUGUAUUUAACUCCUUCAUGUGAUUAG